UUUUAAGAGUGACAGAUGGUAAGUCCUCCCCCCCCCAGGGACCCAAAUCUCCCUCAAUCCAACCGCACGUCAAUCAGAAGCUCCCGUGUGAUCGCUCCCGUGGAUGACGUGCCAACCAUAUGGCCUGGCAUCAUAGCUGGUACCAUGACUGGGUAGGCUUGCCACCCUCUCCUCCUUUUGGAUUGCACUCUGAAGAAGCUUGAGAACCUCAAGGAGAAAGCUCUACUCCCAGAAGAUGCUAUGAAGCAUGUCAUAAAUUUCUUCAGCCCAUAGCUCUGGAGCAAACAUGUUGACCAGGCUUUUUAGUGAGACCGGGCUCAUCCCCGAGGUCCAGAAAUUCGCCACCUGGUCAGAUGACUGUGGAGAUGACAUGAGUGACAAAGACGAUAGGGAUGAGAAGAGCCUACAAGAUGCCCAAACUGAGGGAUCCCUCAGUGAGAGCAAAGAGGACCAGGACUUAGGUGGAGAUGAAGAUGAAGAAGAAGAGGAAGAAGAAGGGACAGAGGAGACAGAAGGGGAGAGGCCCAAGAAAAGAGGUCCUAAAAAGAGAAAGAUGACCAAGGCUAGGAUGGAGAGGUCCAAGGUCAGGAGACAGAAGGCCAAUGCCAGAGAGAGGAACCGCAUGCAUGACCUGAACUCAGCCCUGGACAACCUGAGAAAGGUGGUCCCUUGUUACUCCAAGACCCAAAAGCUCUCAAAGAUAGAAACUCUUAGGCUUGCCAAGAACUAUAUUUGGGCUCUAUCUGAGAUUCUAAGGUCGGGUAAAAGGCCUGACCUAGUGUCCUAUGUGCAGACCUUGUGCAAGGGACUGUCCCAACCCACCACUAACCUGGUGGCUGGAUGUUUGCAGCUCAACUCCAGGAAUUUCCUAACAGAGCAAGGCCAAGAGGCUGGGAGGUACCAUGGCCCAAACUCUUCCUUUGCCAUGCACCCUUACACAUACCCAUGCUCCAGGCUCUCAGGCUCCCAGUGCCAGUCUAGCACCAUGGCCAACUCCCACCCUUUGAGAAGCCAUGGCUACUGUGCCACCUAUGAAUCCCUGUAUGGCAAUGCGUCUCCGGAAUACAACAGCUCUGAGUAUGACGCUCCUUUAAGCCCACCACUGUGCAUUAAUGGCAACUUCUCCCUUAAACAGGACUCUUCCCCGGACCACGAUAAAAAUUACCACUAUUCUAUGCACUACUCCUCCCUGCCCUCCUCCAGGCCCUCUGGACACAGCCUUCUGUUUGGCUCUUCUGGGAUGCGUGGUGGGGUCCACUCUGAGAACUUAUUGCCUUACGAUAUGCACGUCCAUCACGACAGGGCCCCCAUGUAUGAGGAACUAAAUGCAUUUUUCCAUAACUGACCCACCCCACCCCCUCUUUCCACGCGUGACUGUGCAUUUUGUGCCAAGAAUCUGUAAUGGUCAACUGGAGGAAAAUGGCUAACUUCUAGUUAUAAUGGAUAACCCAUGUGCUCAACUGGUGGGUUGUAUUGCGUGACCUUGUGAUUCUCCAACCAUGCGUUGUGAUGGGUGACGAUGUCCUACCGUUAUGAGUUGUGUUGGAUGACUGUGUUGUCCUACACCCAAGAGCUUUCUGGGGUGACCUUGGUGUCCUAGAACCUAGAGCUUAGUACACUGACCUUAAUGGCUCUACAGCUGAGAUCUUUGUUGAACGAUCUGGGUGUUUCUACAGCUGGGAUCUUUGUUGGAUAACCUUGGUGGUCCAACAUGUGAGGUCUUCGUUUGCAGACCUUGGUUAUCCUACAACUGAGACCUAUGUCAGGGGAUGACCUUACUCUUCUACAUUUUAGAAUUUCUAGUAGGUGGCCCAGGUUUAUUACAUCCAAAAGUUGGAAGAACUAUUCCAGACAACCAUAAGCACUACUUGAAACAUUCUAAGCCCCUCGGUAUUACGCAGUCAUGUUCGAAGUGUUUUCACAAUGAGAUCUCCAUCCGUCCACUAAGGUUGGACCUAGUUAGACCCCACAACAUUUGCACACAGAACCCAAUUUUCUUUUAAGCACUUGUUCAUGUAUAGUUGUAAAUGUGUAUCCUCUGAACUCCCUCCACUAGUCCUCCCCCACUUAAGACCAGGUGCUUUUCUCCAGGAGCUAUGACACCAGAUCAAUCACGUGAUUACAGGGGUCCACCCCCAAGGUUCAAUCAGUUUAGAGAUAAGCCCCAUUCAUUUGGCAAUAGGAGCUAUUGUGUAAAGUUUAAAUUAUUGGAGCUGCAGAUGACUUGUGUUAAGGUUAAAUUAUUGUAUACAGAAAGUCAGGCUUAUUUAAUAAAUUGAGAAUUCAAAUUAAUUCAAAGUUAAUUUCAUUUGUAAAGCCAUAUUAAAGCAUAGCUGGCUAUUUUGAACUUAAAGGUGAAAUUCGCCUUGCAUUCACUUCGAAUUCUCACUUUAGUGAAUAAUAUUGUGUGUGUUUCUGCAUAGACAGGAACAGAAAAAAAAAACACAACACACACACAC